AUGCAUAAGCUAGCCCACCACCAGUCGGUGCUGGGUAGUGCAGCCGGGGCAAGAGCCCCGUGGCCUGCUGCGGCGCAGCGCGCGCAGCGGCGCCAAUGGCGAGACACCCAGGCGUGGGCUGCCCGUACUGAGCUGCAGUCCGCAACAACGUCGGCAGCGCAGCCCAGCACAAGCGGCCGCUUUGAUGGCGAGGAGCUGCCAGGGCCCCAGGGGGCGUUUCAGCCCGGGCAGGAGGCGGCGGCGCGGCAGCAGCUGUUCAACCGGAUAGCCCCGGUUUAUGAUGAGCUCAACGAGCGCCUCAGCCUCGGCCAGCACCGCGUCUGGAAGCGCAUGGCCGUCCGCUGGUCCGGCGCCGCCCCCGGCCACGCGGCGCUCGACGUCUGCUGCGGCAGCGGCGACCUGGCGUUCGAGCUCGCGCGCGUCGUCGGCGCCACCGGCCACGUCACGGGCCUCGACUUUGCGGCCGAGAUGCUGGAGGACGCAGAGUCGCGCCGCGCCGCUGCGCCCGGGGUGCGCCCGGCGUCGCGCCCACCCGCGCGCAUGUCGUGGGUCCAAGGGGACGCGCUCGCGCUGCCCUUCCCGGACGCGUCCUUCGACGCGGCCACCAUGGGGUACGGCCUGCGCAACGUGGCCGACAUCCCACGGGCGCUGGCCGAGCUGGCGCGUGUGCUGAAGCCGGGGGCGUCGGCCGCCGUGCUGGACUUCAACAACAGCGAGGACCCGGUGGUGGACGGCCUGCAGGCCUUCUUCCUGGAGCGCCUCGUCGUCCCCGCCGCCUCUGCCUAUGGCCUGGCCGCGGAGUACGAAUACCUGCGCCCCUCCAUAAAGCGCUUCCCCACCGGCCGCGAGCAGGAGGCCAUGGCGCGCGCCGCGGGCUUUGCAUCCGCGGUGCAUUACAACGUCGGGUUCGGGCUGAUGGGCUGCCUGGUUGCGACAAAGGCGCGGUGA